AUGCGUCAACCCGGCUCGCAAGACCCCGGCUUGCAAACCUCUGGCUCUCAAGAUCCCGGACUCUCAACACCUCCGGCCCUCAACACCUCCGGCCCUCAACACCUCCGGCCCUCAACACCGGCCCUCAACACCUCCGUCAACCUCCGGCCCUCAACACCUCCGGCCCUCAACACCUCCGGCCCUCAACACCUCCGGCCCUCAACACCUCCGACCCCCGGCCCUAAACAUCGCCCGGCCCUGAACAUGCCCAGCCCUCAACUCCCCCCCCCCCCCCCCCCCCGCUCUCAACACUCCCGGCCCUCAAAACCCUCAACGCCCCAGGCCAACACCCCCCCCCCCGGGCCAUCAACACCCCCUACCAUCAACACCCUCAACACCCCCUACCAUCAACACCCUCAACACCCCCGACCCUCACCCCCGGCCAACACCCCCACCCCCCGACGGCCAGCAAUAUCACCGGCCCUCAACACCCUACCAUCAACACUCAACACCCCCGCCCUGAACACCAUCAACACCCCCGGCCAUCAACACCCUCAACACCCCCGAUCCCCGGCCAACAACACCCUCAACACCCCCGGCCAUCAACACCCUCAAGAUCCCCGGCCAACAACACCCUCAACACCCCCGGCCAACAACACCCCCGGCCAUCAACACCCCCGGCCAUCAACACCCUCAACACCCCCGUCCAUCAACACCCCGACCCUCAACCCCCCCCCCCCCCCCCCCCCGGCCCUCAACACCUAUCAACACCCGCAACACCCCCACCCUUAA